AAAAACAAACUGUUGUCUCUUCAGUACACCGGUCAUUCAGUAAUGAUAAUGUUAAUAAUAAUGAAGACACAGAGACUGUAAGUCUCCAUGGUGAAUGCAUUCAGAAAAAUGAAUUUGAUGCAAAGAAAAAAAAGAAGAAAAAUUUGUUCUUAAAUAGAAAGCGUCAAUGUGUGAAGUUUAUAAAACGUGGUCAUAGCAUUCCAACUUCUAAAUUAAAACAGUUGGAGGAUGCGUUUUCUAAGCUGGGUCCAUCAAAGCAAAAUUAUGAAAUUGACAGAUAUUCAAAGUGUCCAAAAAUGGCACCAAUUUUAAAAGUAUAUAUGAAAUGCAAACAGAUGAAAUCUGAAGAUAUUUCAGAUAGAGCAGAUCAUGAGGAUAUACCAAACGUUGAAUCACAGUCUGUUGAUGAAAGUUUGCUGAAAGAAUCAGAUGAGGGAAAUGUCAAAAUAAAAAUAGAAACAGCAUCUGACAAUGACGUUGAAUCACAGUCUGUUGAUGAUAUUUUGCUUCGAGAAUCAGAUGAGGGAAAUGUCAAAAGGAAAAUAGAAACAACAUCUGACAAUGAAGACAAUAUGAACAUUAAUGCAGAACAAAUUGUGUCUCUAAAUGCAGAAUGCAAACAGAUGGAAUGUGAAGAGGGUCCAGAUGAUGAAACCUUUGAUGAAACAGAAGCAACUCCUGAAGGUGAUAUCAAAAAGGAUUUUGCCAGUGGUUCACCUGUAGGAACUGAAACUGCAAAAGGUGGCAUUAACAUGUUUUUACAACAAGGCAAAGAUGUUCCUCUGAGUGAUUCAUCUAAUGUUAGUGCACCUUUAAGCGAUAUCAAUGUGAAGACUGGCAGUGAUUAUCCCAUCGAAGCUACUGAAGGAAGUGAAUGUCAAACGGUUGAGGUUUCUGUGAAACCUGACUUUGAAUUAUCUGAUUUUGAAAAGAAUAAACAAGUCUAUACACAGAUGGAGGAGAAACAAUCCAAAGCAACUAUUGAUGACAAGUGUGAUUUUGAGCAUUCAGAGGAUGAAGUGAAUGCACGUAAAUAUGUAGAGCGACCUGGAUUGUGGAAAACGCUCGCAAUCUUAAGACAUGAAAUAUGCGGUAAUCCUAUUGAAAAGUCAGAUUUAGGAGCAUUUGAAAAUGAAGUUAAAGAGAAACUUUGUGUUGAUGAAAGAGCUGUUGUUGAGCAAAUGCGCAUCAGUAGUGAAGAAACUGUUGUUGAGGAAAUGGGCACUGAUAAAGAAGCAGCUUUAGCUGUUGAGGAAAUGGGCUCUGACAAUGGAGAUACUAUAGCUGUUAAAGACAGUGAAGUUGUUGAGCAAAUGCGCAUCAGUAGUGAAGAAACUGUUGUUGAGGAAAUGGGCACUGAUAAAGAAGCAGCUUUAGCUGUUGAGGAACUGGGCUCUAACAAUGGAGAUACUAUAGCUGUUAAAGACAGUGAAGUUGUUGAGCAAAUGCGCAUCAGUAGUGAAGAAAUUGUUGUUGAGGAAAUGGGCACUGAUAAAGAAGCAGCUUUAGCUGUUGAGGAAAUGGGCUCUGACAAUGGAGAUACUAUAGCUGUUAAAGACAGUGAAGUUGUUGAGCAAAUGCGCAUCAGUAGUAAAGAAAUUGUUGUUGAGGAAAUGGGCACUGAUAAAGAAGCAGCUUUAGCUGUUGAGGAAAUGGGCUCUAACAAUGGAGAUACUAUAGCUGUUAAAGACAGUGAAGUUGUUGAGCAAAUGCGCAUCAGUAGUGAAGAAACUGUUGUUGAGGAAAUGGGCACUGAUAAAGAAGCAGCUUUAGCUGUUGAGGAAAUGGGCUCUGACAAUGGAGAUACUAUAGCUGUUAAAGACAGUGAAGUUGUUGAGCAAAUGCGCAUCAGUAGUGAAGAAACUGUUGUUGAGGAAAUGGGCACUGAUAAAGAAGCAGCUUUAGCUGUUGAGGAAAUGGGCUCUGACAAUGGAGAUACUAUAGUUGUUAAGGACAGUGAAGUUGUUGAGCAAAUGCGCAUCAGUAGUGAAGAAACUGUUGUUGAGGAAAUGGGCACUGAUAAAGAAGCAGCUUUAGCUGUUGAGGAAAUGGGCUCUGACAAUGGAGAUACUAUAGUUGUUAAGGACAGUGAAGUUGUUGAGCAAAUGCGCAUCAGUAGUGAAGAAACUGUUGUUGAGGAAAUGGGCACUGAUAAAGAAGCAGCUUUAGCUGAUAGGGAACUGGGCUCUGACAAUGAAGAUGCUAUAGCUGAUAAGGAACUGGCCAUUGACAAUGUAGGCAGUAAAGUUGUUGGGGGACUGGACACCAAUGGUGAACAAACUGUUAUUGUUGUUGAGGAAAUGGGUACUGAUAAAGAAGGAGCUUUAGCUGUUGGGGAACAGGGCAUUGAUAAUGAAGAUGCUAUUGUUGUUAAAGAACUGAACAUUGACAAUGUCGGCAGUGAGGUUGUUGGGGGACUGGACACCAAUAGUGAACAAACUGUUGUAGUUGUUGUUGAGGAAAUGGGCCCUGAUAAAGAAGGAGCUUUAGCUGUUGGGGAACAGGGCAUUGAUAAUGAAGAUGCUAUUGUUGUUAAAGAACUGAACAUUGACAAUGUCGGCAGUGAGGUUGUUGGGGGACUGGACACCAAUAGUGAACAAACUGUUGUAGUUGUUGUUGAGGAAAUGGGCCGUGAUAAAGAAGGAGCUUUAGCUGUUGGGGAACAAGGCAUUGAUAAUGAAGAAACUAUUGUGGUUGGGGAACAGGACUCUGACAAUGAAGAUGCUAUUGCUGUGAAAGAACUGGGCAUUGACAAUGUAGGCAGUGAAAUUGGGGGACUGGACACCAAUGGUGAACAAUCUGAUGUUGUUGAGGAAUUGGGCUCUGACAAUGAAGAUGCUAUAGCUGUUAGGGAACUGGGCAUUGACCAAGUAUGCAGUAAAGUUGUUGGGGCACUGGACACCAACAAUGAAGAAACUGUUGUGGUUGGGGAACAGCGUAUUGAUAAAAAAGGAGCUUUAGCUGUUGGGGAACAGGGCAUUGAUAAUGAAGAAACUAUUGUGGUUUGGGAACAGGUUUCUGAUAAUGAAGAUGCUAUUGCUGUGAAAGACCUGGGCACUGACAGUGGAGGCACUGAAGUUGUUGGGGAACAGGGCACUGACAAUCAAGAAACUGUAACUGUUGAGGAACUUAGCACUGACAAAGAAGCUCUAGAUGAUAAUAUAAUUGCUUUAGUUGUUGAGGAACAAGACAAUACGACUGCUGUAGAAAAGACUGGUGUAAUUGAGUGGAUGUUAGUGGAUGAGGAGGAUAAUGAGGGAGUUGAAUGUGAAUUGACUUUGGAGGAAGAGGAUAUUAACCUUGACUCAUCAGAUGAUUAAAAUGCUUACUUUAAAAACAUAGGAGUGCAAUGACAUGUUUUACUAAGAGGAGGGAAAACCCCAGAGUUUAAGAGUUAAAAGAUGUAAUUACGUCUCUUGCGUACCACCUUCGUUUGCGCAAAUUCUCACCAGUUUUCGAAUAUAACACGUCAUUGUUUAAUCAAUGUAGGCAUAUUCCUUUCACAAGCUAUGAUAUUGGUUAAUAUGC